CCUUCAGCGGAAGGGAAGCAGUGGCACAGCCAACAGCAGGCUGCUGGGAGUAGCAGACAUGAAUUCCCUGGAACAGGCCGAAGACCUGAAGGCCUUUGAGAGAAGACUAACAGAGUAUGUCUCCUGUUUGCAACCUGCAACAGGCAGGUGGAGAAUGAUUCUGAUUGUGGUGUCUGUUUGUACGGCUACUGGAGCUUGGAACUGGUUAAUAGACCCAGACACACAGAAGGUCUCGUUCUUUUCAUCACUGUGGAAUCAUCCCUUCUUCACCAUCAGCUGCAUCACUCUAAUAGCUCUCUUCUUUGCUGGGAUACACAAACGAGUUGUGGCACCAUCAAUUAUAGCAGCUCGCUGUCGGACUGUUUUAGCAGAAUACAACAUGUCCUGUGAUGAUACGGGGAAACUUAUUCUCAAACCACGACCGAACAUCCAAUAACCAGCAGCUGUGUGGGCUGUUCAGACAGUGUACCUGGUCUUUGCUGAGAUAGCCUCUGCUCACACAGUGACUUGCGUCCUCUGGAGCAUCACAUUUUGUCAUCAUGAUGGAAAUGCAUUUGCAAGACAGAAGAAAUGAACUGAUAAGGCCUUUUUUAAAAAAAAAGUGUUGCUGUGUUGAUGUGUCAUCAUUGAAGCUGCUGAUCUGCUCACAUAGUCUUUGGUAUAUUUUACUCCUUCGGUGUGAGUUCAGAUGUGUUUAUUUCUGUUUCUGAUGUUAAGCACGUAUUUUAUCUAAAUGUUUCUAUUUUUAAAGUUAUUUACCUAAUAAAUACUCAAGGUG